AGCAGUUCCUAAUGCACAGUACAGCAGCCUCCUCCUGAGAGUCAGGACUAGAGAGAGAAUUUGCUGAAGAGAAGGAAAAACAAACAUACAAACAAACAAACCAAACCAGCCCCAAAAAAACUGUGCGUGAAGGGGGAGGAAAAGCAGGGCCUUUUAAAAAGGGAAUCACAACAACUUUUGCUGCCAGGAUGCCUUUGCUUUGGAAGAGAGGAUUUUUGUUGGUGCUUUGCUGGAUUAUAGUGAGGAGUUCCCCAACCCCAGGAUCCGAGGGGCACAGUUCAGUCACUGACUGUCCAUCAUGUGCCCUUGCCACGCUCUCAAAGGAUGUGCCCAGCUCACAGCCUGAGAUGGUGGAAGCAGUAAAGAAGCACAUUCUGAACAUGUUGCACUUGAGGGACAGACCUAAUAUUACCCAGCCGGUGCCCAAGGCAGCACUUUUAAAUGCCAUCAAAAAGCUCCACGUGGGAAAGGUGGGAGAGGAUGGUUAUGUGGAAAUAGAGGAUGAUGUUGGAAGAAGAGCCGAAAUGAAUGAAGUUGUGGAGCAAACUUCAGAAAUCAUCACUUUUGCAGAAUCAGGCACAGCCAAGAAAAUGUUGCACUUUGAGAUUUCCAAGGAAGGCAGUGAAUUGUCGGUGGUGGAACAUGCUGAAGUGUGGCUCUUUCUGAAGGUCUCGAAGGCCAAUCGGAGCAGGACAAAAGUCACCAUCCGCCUGUAUCAACAGCAACGGCAGCCAAAAGGAAACUCUGAAGGGGCAGAAGAUAUGGAGGAUGGGGGGCUGAAAGGUGAAAGGAAUGAGAUGCUGAUUUCAGAAAAGGCAGUGGACACCCGUAAGAGCACUUGGCACAUCUUUCCUGUCUCCAGCAGCGUCCAGAGGCUCUUGGACCAAGGCAAGAGCUCUUUGGAUGUGCGGAUCGCCUGUGACCUGUGCCAAGAAACUGGAGCCAGCCUGGUGCUACUGGGCAAGAAGAAGAAAAAGGAAGAUGAUGGGGAAGGGAAAGAAAAGGAGCCUGGAGAAUUCACAGGAGAAGAGGAGAAGGAGCAAUCGCAUCGGCCCUUCCUGAUGAUGCUUGCCCGGCACUCAGAGGACCGCCAGCACAGGCGGAGACGACGAGGCCUGGAGUGUGACGGCAAAGUCAACAUCUGCUGCAAGAAGCAGUUCUUUGUCAGCUUCAAGGACAUAGGAUGGAGUGACUGGAUCAUUGCACCUACAGGUUAUCACGCCAACUACUGUGAAGGAGAGUGUCCCAGCCAUAUAGCAGGGACAUCUGGUUCAUCACUAUCUUUCCACUCCACUGUCAUCAACCAUUACCGCAUGCGGGGCCACAGCCCCUUUGCCAACCUCAAGUCGUGUUGCGUGCCCACCAAGCUGCGGCCCAUGUCCAUGCUCUACUACGAUGACGGCCAGAACAUCAUAAAGAAAGACAUCCAGAAUAUGAUUGUGGAGGAGUGUGGCUGUUCAUAGACACAUGUGUGUGCAAGAUCCUUCCCAUUACGUUGAGAAGAAAAUAUAUCAAAAGCCCAAGAAGAGGAAAGACCGGACAUGGUAUAACCUUUCUCGAAUGAAACAAUCAUCAGAAAUAAAAGAGAAAAACAAAAGAGAGAGAAAAGAGAAAACAGAAAAUAAAAAGACUUGUGGAGGAUCAGAAAAGACUUCAGCUAUAAAAAGGAAGAAAAAGCUAAGUGAACCCGGGCUUGAAUGAGAUGCAUCUGAAUGGCGGUAUGGGUUGGGGAUUUCCCCUUCCUUUCAGUAUGCUCCUUAUCUUAUGACAUAGUAUACUAAACCUUAGUUACUACUAGGGGAGUUACGUUCCCUCCCUUAGUUACCCAUCAGUUCAAGCCGUGGUAGCAGCUCAUCUAACCUGCAGCAAUUUGGACUAAGUCCAAACUGUCAUUGAAAUUCCUUGAAAAGCCACGUGUAUGAACACUACAUUCACUGGCACUUUCCCCCCCACCCCAGAAAAAAAGUUACCAAGGAACUGAGUAGGUGGAUAGUGUUUAUGUGUAGAUUUAUGUGGUUGUGGGUUUAUAUACAUAUCUCUAUACAUACAGACACUAUGCACAGACGUAUACUAAAUGUUGGUAAAGGGUCAAUAUUGUGCAGGUGUGUACACCUUCAUCUUCUGCACUACAGUUACAAAAAAGGAGAAUAAAAAAAAAAAGAAAAAAAUGAAGAAAAAUGAAACAAUAAUUAAAAAAAAAAAAAGAACAAAUGAAAGAAUAAAUGUUACAUUUUGCAAAAGGUGCUUACAACGUUAGAACUAUGCAACCUAGUUGGUUUGAAACUGUUUACCUGCGAGAGAAAGAAAAGAAAAAAAAAACAAAAGCAGAAAGACUCUUUUUUUUUUAAAUGGAAGUAACUUGUUUUUUUUUUUUUUAAA